CCGGCGUCCGUCCCGCCGCGCCCUGCCCCCCGGGGGCUAUGGGGGCGCCCCCGGGCUACCGACCCUCCGCCUGGGUGCAUCUGCUCCACCAGCUGCCCCGCGCCGACUUCCAGCUCCGCCCGGUACCCAGCGGCUUCGCGCCCCAAGAGCAAGAAUACCAGCAGGCCCUGUUGUUGGUGGCGGCCUUGGCAGGCCUGGGCUUGGGCCUGAGCCUCAUUUUCAUUGCUGUCUACCUCAUCCGCUUUUGCUGCUGCCGGCCCCCAGAGCCCCCUGGGCCCAAGAGCCCCCCACCCGGGGGAGGCUGUGUCACCUGGAGCUGUAUCGCCGCUCUUCUCGUCGGCUGCGCUGGCAUUGGCAUCGGUUUCUAUGGCAACAGCGAGACCAGUGAUGGGGUAUCCCAGCUCAGCUCUGCGCUGCUGCAUGCCAACCACACGCUCAGCGCAAUAGACCACCUGGUGUUGGAGACAGUGGAGAGGCUGGGCGAGGCAGUGAGGACCGAGCUGACCAGCCUGGAGGAGGUGCUCGCGCAGCGCACCGAGCUGGUGGCUGCCGCCCGGGGUGCUCGGCGGCAGGCAGAGGCCGUGGCCCAGCAGCUGCAGGGGCUGGCCUUCUGGCGGGGAGUGCCCCUGAGCCCCCUGCAAGUGGCCGAAGAUGUGUCCUUUGUGGAGGAGUACAGGUGGCUGGCGUACGUCCUCCUGCUGUUGCUGGAGCUGCUGGUGUGUCUCUUCACACUCCUGGGCCUGGCGAAGCAGAGCAAGUGGCUGGUGAUCGUGAUGACAGUGAUGAGUCUCCUGGUUCUGGUCCUGAGCUGGGGCUCCAUGGGGCUGGAGGCGGCUACAGCUGUGGGCCUCAGCGACUUCUGCUCCAGUCCUGACACCUACAUCCUGAACCUGACCCAGGAGGAGACUGGGCUCGACUCAGACAUCCUGAACUAUUAUUUCCUCUGCAACCAGGCAGUCUCCAACCCCUUUCAACAGAGGCUGACGCUGUCCCAGCGAGCUCUGGCCAACAUCCACUCGCAGCUGCAAGGCCUGGAGCGGGAAGCGGUCCCCCAGUUCCCUGCCGCGCAGGAGCCUCUGCUGUCCUUGGAGGAGACGCUCAAUAUGACAGAAGGCAACUUCCACCAGUUGGUGGCUCUGCUGCACUGUCGCGGCCUGCACAAGGACUACGGCGCUGCCCUUCGGGGCCUGUGUGAGGAUGCCCUGGAAGGCCUGCUCUUCCUGCUGCUCUUCUCCCUCCUGUCUGCGGGGGCCCUAGCCACCGCCCUCUGCAGCCUGCCCCGCGCCUGGGCCCUCUUCCCGCCCAGUGAUGACUAUGACGACACAGAUGAUGAUGACCCUUUCAACCCUCAGGAAUCCAAACGCUUCGUGCAGUGGCAGUCAUCUAUCUGAGCCCCUCCUCCACGCCGGACUGAGCCCGUGACCCCCACCCCAGUGAGCUUCCAGAGGGCGACACCCUGGCUCCCGGAGCUGCCGCUGCUCUCCUGUCCCUCACUCUGGGACUCUGGGCACCGGGGUGGCCCUGCCGUCUCCAUCAGCCCGUGUCUGCCUCUCCCUCUGGUUCCUUCCCUGGCGGCCGGAGAAGACCCCACUGACCCAGCCUCACUGGGCUCUCACCACUAACAGCACCUCUACCACAUGCCCCUACUGAGGGGGCAGGCCGGGGUCUGGGGCUGGCAGGGAAGGGUGGCCAGUGAGACACACACCCUUCACCCUGGCCACUAGGCCCACCCUUGCAGGGACACAAGAGCCCGGCCCCAGGGGGCUCAGGGCCGUGACCUCCACUUGCAGCACUAACUUGGGAAUGGGUUGAUUUGAAAUAAAAGGGAAAACUUUAUUUUACAA